AUGGAAGGACUAGUGGAGCAUGGCACGGAUAAACUGGCAAACCACAAUCUCACAGCCCCUUACACACCUACUGGGCAUGUUCUGGAACAAAACGGUCGAUGGAUGGUGCUGGUGGAAAAAGUGAUUGAUGCAUUUUUACAAAUUUUUACAAAUGAGGAACAUGAAUGGAGAGGCAGGUUUGAUCCCUCAAACCCUAACUAUGUGAAGAAUCUAGUCGAUUAUCUGCCACCUGCUGUCCUGAAUAGUGAUUUUCAGUUUGUCGCCAAUUUCCUGGCUGUCUAUCCAGAGUACACUACCACUUGGGACUUGUUGGACCUCAUAAUGAAGCGGUACCCACGUUUUCAGCUUCAUAAUGAAUCUGAGGAGAAUCAAAACAUUGCCUACAUUUACUUCCUGUCAGAGUGGAUAGAAAAAUUUCCACAAGAUUUCACUGAGAAUCCAGAUAUGACCGUGGUGAACAAGCUGAUGGACUACCUGAACCUCAACACGCCCGGUUCAGAACUACUCAAGCAAUUCCAGUCUCUAUUCCCAGUGUUAAACGAAAAGAACAAUGACACCAGUGCCUCACAGGAACCGGCACGUGCUUUGGGGCUCCACGACACAGGAGAUGCCGAGCUCCAGGCACCCAAUGAUUCAUCUGGGAUGGCUGAAACACUGGAUGGAAGAACAGCAGGACUCCAGGAGGAGCUGGAACCAUCCAGUGAUCUUGUUGCAGGAACAUCGGCAGCAAGUACCCCAGCACUUCUCCUGAAGACCGUUGGUGUAGUGCAUCUUCUGCCUCCUUUGGCCCCCACUCCAUCUAUGCGUUUAGAAGCGCAAAAUCCUCAGAAGCGCCAUCAGUCUAUGACAGGAUUAUUUGAGCCAGAUCACCUCUGGUCACUUCCCAAAGUUGAUAUUUGA